AUGCCUUGCUUUAAAGGUCUCGCCGUGAGUAUUCAUACUCCGGAUGGCGCGAUCCCUGAAUACUCUAUCCAGCGACAGUCGCGCGCUUCCCGCAUAGGCUGCUUCAUCCCGGUUCCUCCGCCUAAAGUCCCUGACUCCAAGAACGGCAAACCCGAGCAAUCAACAUUCGCCAUUUCCAUCACCCUCCUCAAUCCUGGCCAGGAUGUCCCCUACUCUACCCCUAAACCGACCCCCGAAUGCCCCACUCCGAAGCCAAAGGUUGUUGGCGGCCUACCGGGCCAAACAAACGAGGCCGGUUCUGUCGCACCAUAUCAGGCAUUGACGAAUGGACCGAAUGAGACCGUGGCGGCGUACAUCUACUUUGAUGGUAGACAGAAGGAAGAGGUGGCCACAUUGCUUCGAAGGGGUGAAGAGACAUGGGUGAACUCGCGGUGGGUCAGUGUUCCGGAUUCCGAAGGCGGGGGCAUCGCUGAACGCGAGUUCCUGUUUCGUGAAGUUGGUCUGGAGCGCUGGCUCAAUGGGUUGGACCUGGAGGGCAAGGAUGCCGCUGCCAAGAUCGAGCGGCGGCGACAGAAAAUGGAGAAACGUCGGGCAAAGCGCUUGGAAGAAGGUCAAAGUGCAAUGGAGAUGGAAGCCAAUGCUUCGUCGAAGCACAAAAAUAUCAUGCGCUAUGGAGGUGACGACAAGGCGCCGCUGGAGAAUGUCUCUGAUGAUGACCUGUCGGAUUCCGAUGAUGAUGACCCGAUCCCGGAGACUACAGGUCAAAUCAAGGUGGCUCUGUUUCGUGUCCUGGCCUCGGGAGAAAUCAAACGGGGUGAAUAUUCUCCGCAAUUCGAUGCCCACGACGAUGAUGAAGAGGGAGGUCAGGAAGGUGGGAAUGGAGAUGCCGAUAUUGACCACACCACCAGUUUCGCAAAGCCCAAGACUCUCGAUCCGAAAAGCAUUAGUACACAAACUGUUACUGGCAUUGACCCUACUGACAAGCCAUAUGCUACAUUCACCUUCAUGUAUCGUGGAGAGCGCCAAUUGCAGAAGAUGGGUAUCCUGAAGGACCCCAAAGCGCAAGAAACCCCGGCAGCAAAGCGGAAAUCAUUACAAGCGGACUUUGCCAGUAUUGGUCCUCUGAAGCCCGGUGGAACAGUAGGAUUCCUCAAUUUCCGGGACCACGAAUCCACAACGAAGGGCAAGAAGGGGGAAGAUGAAAUGGACAGCGAUGACGAUGACACCGAUAAUCCAAUCCUGAGCAAGGCCGAUGAAGAAGAGACUAAAGAUGACAAUCAAUUCUUAUCCCCCGAUGAUAUCAAACGCCAGGGAGAGCUGGAAGAAGGUGUCCGCAAGAUUCGGUUGAAACGCCAGCACUCUGCCGAGCCGUUUAGCGCAAGUGGAGACAACAACUCUACUGGCACCCCAGCUUCUGGAACUCCUCCCCCGGCUACUGAGCGCUCAAUCACCCCGCCCAAGACGAUUGCGGAUGCUAUCGCUGGUCCCUCUGAACCUUCCCAGUCUACGGCUGAGCCACCUGCUGGGUUCCUGGGGAGCCCUCUGAAGAAGCAACGAGCCAGCGUGUCCACAGCUGACGAGAAUGCUUUGCGGCGUCGCAUUGCAGAGUCAUCUGGUCGCAUUAACGAAGUCCUCGGCGGUGGCAUGAAUGAUACCAACUCUAGCGCAGGGUCAUUUGGUGAUCAAAAUACGGCCGCGGGGUCGAACGCAGCCGAUGAGGAUGAGGAACUGUGA